AUGUCUGUGCGGACCGGUCUGCCGGCGGAUCGGAGACCAAAAGAAAUGAUGCCCUGCGGCGCCAUUUCCGGGUGCCCAAAAGCACACAGACUGAUGCCGAAAAACAAGCGAUUCGAGCUUGUUCCAGCCAAGCUCCGCCCCUUAUUUCAGCGUAUGCUUUUUCUCUGUUUUCUGGUCACUUUGGUGCAGAACCACGGUUACGGUUUUCCUAGAACUUUUUUCUGAUCAAUUCUUUCAAUUUUCAGUUCUAUAUAAAAAAUUAUUCUCAUUUUUUCAACUUUUAAUUCUCAAUUAGUUAGUGUAAUAUACUCUUUGAAUUAUAAAAUGUUCGGUUAGAGAGUAAGUUCCAAUUUGUGAAGAUAUCCAUUGCUUGUCCAACGGCCAUUUUUUUUUUCUGAAGUACCUUUUAUGCGAUCGAUUUUAUGACGGUGAACUGCCAAGGAGCAUUAAUAAAAAUUAGAACGAGAAUAAAUAUUGAAAAAAAAAAGAACAACUCGGGCCUCGGUAGGGCAAACCGGACCUUACAGAGCAUUUCAAAUGAUGCCUUAAGAGUGCUGACGAUUCUGAAGGGAGCACUAGAAACGCUUUGAAACGUCCGGGUUCGCGUUACGGAGGUCCGAGUGAUUAUAUAUUUUGCCCAUAGAGCAGAUUUGAUGCAAAAAAGGUUAUACGUAAAAUUAUUUUUUUAAUCAAACAUUUUGUAGAAUUUAAAUUAGACCGGUGGACAAGUAAUAAUUAAUUCUGCAAAACGAUACUUAAUUUUAAAUUAAAUUUUGGAUUAUCAUAUAAUGCAUUCUUGAAGCCAAUCUAAACAAUUUCUGUCCAAGAUCCGUGAUGGAAAGCACAAUUCCUUAUCAUUUGAGUCUGAUAAAUGCCCCAGGUGAUGUGAUUCUUCAUGUACCGGAACAUGCGCUAUAUUUAGAACAGAAACUUUUCUUUAAUUUUUAAAAAAUUAGUUUCUAAUCAACAUGUCGGGAAUUCCAGGUCAGGUAGUUUUUUUUCUGGGCCAAGUACUAAGAAUGAAAUUUUUUGCAAAAACUCUUGUGAAUCGUCGAAAAUUUUAUCAUUGAGAAAAGCCCAGUUUGAAAAAAGAUUUUGUAAACUUGGAGUUUUACAUUCAAAAAUUGGCGAAAAGUUGAACGGCGACAAACGGCAAUAGUCAAUAUUUGACUAGCCCCCAGGCUCGUAGAUUAGAAAAAACCUCCCACUGGUCAAAUUUCACGUCCUUCUUUCUUUUAUUUCCGCAUCCUCUCUCACAGAGAGUACACGGCGUUCUGCGUAGUGGAAGAAAAUGUAAAAAUUUUGAAAAUGCGGAGCGGCUUCGAAACGUUGCUCCCCCUAGAUUUACGGUAGACAGCUUGCGCGCGAACAUUUGAAUUUCUUGUUGCUCAAGUGCUUCACGUGAUUUUUCAUGUUUAUUUCAGCUGUAUCUUUAUCUGUUUUGUACUGAUUUACGGUAAUUAUUUUUUAUUGCGACAGCAAAAUGCGAAGGAACUUUUUUUCAAUUUUUCAAUAUUAACUGCUGUGUUUUUGACCAAAUUUUUCCCUUUAAAGCAAAAAAAGCCUUUCAGCAACAUUUUUCAGUGUCAAAUUAAAUUUUUUUAUUCGAAUCAAUCAAUCUCUUCAUUUUCGCAACAUCAGAAUGGUAUGGCGAUGUUGCAGAGGAGAAAAAAAUACCACUAGGUGGAUGAAAUAAAAGCAAACCUGUAAAGAAAAACUUUUUAUUUUUUUAUUUUUUUAGUGAGUGGGGGAAAGACGCAUAGAACCACAAUAAGUCAUUUUCGGCACAAAAAUUCCACGUUUUUUUACUGAAAAAAAGGACUUUAACUAAUUUUUGAGGAUGAAAGGUAUGAAAGUGUUCAGAAAAAUAAGAAAAAAACUUUCACCCAAAUGUUUUUUUGUCAACUAGAAAAGGAAUUGUGAAAGGAUCGAUUUUUUUCCACGUCUAUAGUUUUGAAAAAAACGCUAUUUUUUUCGAGGAAAAAAAUUAUUUUUUUGAAUUUAAUGAGUAUGCGAGUUAGCGUCGUUCUAUGUAUGCACAAAAGACGUCAAAUAUUACGGAAAUUGUCGGAGGGGCGUCCACUAAGAAUAACUGCCGAGAUAAACGCGAGACACUGGCGGUACAUUGACGAGCUCGCAAACAUCUCGCAUUUUUUCUCGCGCCGGUCUCGCAUUUUUCUGGGCGCCAGCUCGCACUUUUCUAGGCGCGAGCUCGCAUUUCUCUCGCUAUUUGAAAAUUUCCGAAAUGCAAGAUAAAUGCGAGAUGGCGCCGAGAAAAAUGCGAGGUCGCGCCGAGAGAAGUGCGGGAUCGCGCCUAGAAAAAAGCGACAUUUUUGCGAGUUAGUCAAUGUACCGCCACCGAGCUCGCGUUUAUCUCGUCAGUUAUUCUUAGUGUCGUCAAAAGAACGCCGUGAGUAAGCUGCGUUUCGAAAUCAGUGCGAUUAGAGAAUGUCCCGAAAAAGAAUUAAAGUUCAUACUUUCAUUUUCUUAAAUCCUAAAAAAAAAACUCACUAACUAUGACAAUUGUUUACAUUCGAUGAACAGUCAUUCGAAAGUUAAAAAUACGCUCUCAAUAUUGAAGAUGAUUCGCGAUUUACGCAAUUUGCAUCAAAAAGCUUAUUUUGGCAGACUUGGAUAACCGCGUCAUUGUGGGCGUAGCUCGUGUAAAUCCUUUCCUUAUUUCUAUUCCUGGAGACAUUGGUGUUUGCUUCUUUUUUUCAAUACAAAUAUGAAAAAAAAUUUCAAUGUUUUUUUACUUUUUAAAGUCUAACCAAAUAACGGAUUUUGAAUAUUUCACUCCUAAUGAAACUAUUUGUGCUGCUGAAGGAACUUGAUGUUCAAUAUUCUGAUGCCGCAAAAUCCGGACUACCCGUCAGAUCUGCAGAGAAGGAAAAAGAUAACUAAUCUAUGGAGGUCAGAGAUAAUUUUGGAUUUCGCGGAAAUUACUUUGAACACGACAUGUAGCUCAAAGACAAUUUUUACUUCACAGUAAGAAUUAAUUAGAUUUCAUCUUUUUAUUGAAUCGGGUUUUUAAUAAUCUUAAACGUUUGAAAAUAUUAAAACGAUAUCAAAUUGCUUAAAAAAAUUCGUAAAUAUUUUUGGCGUAGCUCAUAAUGCUUAUUGUGCAGCAUCAUCAUUACGGCCAAAAAAACCCACCGUAAACUUGAUCAAUUUUUUUAAUUUUUUUGAAUUCUAUUUCUUUCUUUACUGAAAUUUCAGUAUUUUUGACUUUUUCUUGGUCAAUUUGAAAUUGUAUUCGAAAUUUGAGGGGCAAGAUUGUAAUCGCUAUGAAACUAAUGUUUUCUUGAGUGCGUCCUCGCAUUGUCUUGGAGCGAUUCUUUUUUCUCAUAGCUCUCUUGACGCUGCAGUUUUUCAAAGCAUUUUGUCUCUCAAAGCACAUUUUUAUGCUUAAAAUUAAGAAUACUGUGGUUUUCUUUUCUGCCACUUUUAACACGCUUCGGUACUCUAUCGCGCUUUGCACAUUUUUUUUUUGUUUUGAUUCGGUUUCUGAAAAACCCACCACAGCAGUCACAACCCUAUCUCAUUGCCCCGAACUAGAAGUCUGAAAAGGUAGUCGGAGAGGGUAUGAUAAUGACUUCAAGAUCUUUUCCGUGACUCUUCUGAACGUAGUUUUACCAGCUUUAACGGUCUUCUGUUUCUGCAGCACUAUUCCGUCGACGACGUGUGCCGUCAGACCCAUGGAGCGGAAGCACGCGCCUUUGUGCCGCGUGUCUCCACGGCCGCCGGCUCGCGUCGAUCCCCAGCUCCACUUCGAGAACGACAGCUGCUACAGCUCCUCCUCCGAGGAGUCCCAUCCAGCCCUCAGCCGAGAGUCUUCCGACGCCCUUUCCACUGACUCUUCGUUGGUUCUCACGCGAUACGGUCCGUUUUCAAUUUCAACAAGUUAUUCAGGGGCUAAAACGAGUAUUUUUUUCAGACACUGCUGACUUUUUGACGCUACAGCCUCCUCCGGAAGCGCUUGAAUUUGCCAGCAAUUGUGGUUAUUCUCGACAGCAGCUCAUGCACGUCUUGAAUCGCAUCGGUUUUGAUGCAGGACAAGUGAGAAAAGUUAUAUGAAAAUCAAAAAUGGGAACAACCGUUCAAAAUCGAGAUAUCAAAAAUAUUUUGCACACAUAGAUAGAAGCGAUAUUUUAGGGUCAAGGAUCUUUCGAAAAUUUUAUAGAACUAUCACUUCUGAUUCGAAAUUUUUUUUUCGUGUAGCUUAUUUUUGAACUCUAUAUGCUUUGAAAAGCCUGAAAUAUCCAGGAUUGGUCUUGGCCUAUUUAGAGACAGGAUCUCAGAACUAGAAGACAUUUUCUUUUAAGUUUUUUUGUUGCUAAAAUCUUCAAUCGGUAAAAGCUUGAUGCUCUCAAAUUUAAAAGUGCUUUAAAACUUCCGUGUUUUGCGUAGCUCCUAGAAAUGGGAUUUCACACGUCAUAAUCCGACUUUCCGGUUUUUAGACUUGAGAGUGACUGAGUAUUCAAACUUUAUAAUGAAACAGUAAAUAAUUAUUGAUUUCAGUCUUUUUAUGUCGCACAGUUAUCGAUCUUACUUUUUUUUUAUUCGACAACGAGUAUCUGCAGGAUCGAAUUCUCUCGGAAUUGGUGCAGUUAGGCCCUGGAGCGAUGGCGGAGAGCAGCAAACUUCGUGAAUCUUUCGCUCCUUCAGAUUUUGCUUCUUCGCUUCGAUCAAUCGUCAUCGACGGGUCCAAUAUUGCCAUGACGUGAGUUCUAACCUCUUUAAAUCAUAUUGAAAGCCCGAUUUCUUUGUUGUUGAAAACUGUAAUAUAAAAGGUUCUUUUGCACUGUUAAUGAGGCGUUUUCAAGAAUAAUGUUCUUUGUAUAAUAAAAAUGUGAUCCUGAAUGUUUUUAUCAGUUUGUUGAGAAUAACUGAUUACUAGGCUGUAGAACUGUAGAGGGUUUCUAGACCAUUUCUCACCAAAGAAGAAACUCAAAAGACUGCAAUGUUGGAUUCCUUAUUGGCAAGAUGAGUGGAUCAACAGUAACAGUCUCCCAUGCUGAUAGCCGUGUUAACACGGGGUAGUUUCUUUAAAGAACGAUUCAUUUCAACUUGGAAGUAGUUAACCUGUUGAUUUUGAAAAUUUUUCUCCGUUUUUAUUAUACCAGUGAAUUGACCAAACUUCUGCAAUUUUUCACUCUAACUAGUUCAUUCAUGAGGUUUUCUAGAUGUUAGACGGACUGAAAGUGAAUCUCCUCGUAAAACUGAUUUUAAUGAAAGUGUCAGCCGCCAAGCAAUAAGAUAGAGCUAAAGGCGAAAAACGGCGCCCGAUUGCGUUUAAAGAGUCUAAAGUCUUCCUCCCACUCUCCGGAGUCUCUGUCUAAAGAGCGCCGUCGGGCGGUCGACUGGACUGGACCGCCGGCACGAAACCGGUGGCGCGGCCUCGCCGAUCUGACCGGCAGGCCACUCAGCAGCACAAUCCUUCCAUGGGUCACUCGCUCUUCACCCCUGCUUCAUCGCUUUUCUCACGCCCAUUUCUAUGAAUCCUCGGCUUUUUUGGAUUCGAAGUAGAUUGAUUGACAAUUUUUUUAAAAUUCUUUUAGUAAAAUAAAUAUUCGAAGGCUACUUAGUUUCAAUUUCGUUGAAUUUUUAUGAGGAGUACGUACCGAUCUCGAAACAGUCCUACUCUCAAACUCUUUGUUUGAUUGAUUUGGCCGCAGUUCAGCAUUGAAUAUUGCAGGCACGGCCUCAAGAAGGUUUUUUCUUGUGCCGGUAUCCGCGAGUGCGUCCGAUACUUUACCGAACGCGGACACAAGGACGUCAUCGUUAUUAUCCCACAGUUCCGGUUGGUCUUUGAGAUUUUUAUUUUUUCCCAUUUUUGAGAGCGGAAAUCAAUUUUUCCGAAGCAAACGUUUCCAUAACAUCUUUUUUCAAGGAAGGAAGCGCCGCGGUCUGAUUGCCCGAUUACGGAUCAGCACAUUCUGUUUGAGCUAGAGAAACAAGGCUACAUUGUUUGGACUCCUUCCAGGUUUUUGUUGUUCUUUGGGUGACGUAUUGAACUAUUUACUCAGACUCUAGCCCUUUUGAGGCAGAAACGGUUUGUAUUUAUAUGGAGUUCAAUUUUUGAGAAAACAAAGUUUUUCUUUCAUUAUUCAUUUCAUGUUCUGAUUGAAAGUUUUUGGGUUCGAUAACUAUUGUCAGAAAUAUCCCUUUUGCAUGAAUUCAAAAAACUUCCGUAUCAUUUUUUUUAAUGCUCCCUUUUCCAUAAGGGCCCAAAAUGUUAUUCGAAAAAUUUCAUUUGAAGUGGAAAGUUUUAACUUUUUUUUUUCAACUCGCUCUUUUUUUAAAUUUUCCUAGAAAAGUAAAUGAAGAAUGUAAGAAAAAAAAAAUAGAACACAAUUAGAGGCUCUUCUAGGUUUUUUUUUUUAGCUCUUUAUUCUUGGAAAGUUUCAGCCGAUCUAGGUCUAUCUAAACUCGUAAACUUUUCCAUGUACAUUUCUGCUGGCAGUGAUCCUAUUUUUGAUCUCUUGCAGAACGAUAAACGGACGCCGAAUCGUGUGCCACGACGACCGCUACAUCCUCAAAACAGCCGAGGAAAAGGACGCGGUGAUUGUCUCGAACGACGAGUACAGAGAUCUGGUUCGCGAGAAUCCACAGUACAGACGUCUCGUCGACUCGCGGCUCCUCAUGUACACGCUCAUAGACGGAAGGUUGGUCGCGACUGUUCCUUUUCUCCUGGCGGGGAUUGUUCGAGGGCUCUGAGACCAUGUCGAAUCAUGCAACUUUCUCUGUAAAUGCCGUGUGCUUCGUGAAGGCAACGACCAUUUUUUUAAAAGGCUAGUUACCCAGCGGUGAAUGAAAGAGGCCGUGAAUUAUUAGGGCACGUCUCUAAAAACUUGAAAAUGAGAAAACCACCCGAAAGAAAAUUUUCAGGGUUAAAGUAAAAGUUUCUCAACGGGUUUCCCCGUAAACCAAUGUAUCUUGAGGCUUGAUGAGUCUCCGUUUUGCUGAAACGGAAAAACAACGAGUGCAAAAGAAAGUAGCUGGAGCGGCAGGGCUGGUUUAACCUCAUGAGAGAUCCUCAAUGGCAUAUUCUCGCCAUUGGCUAGUUCACUAGGUCGAAAUUAACAUUGAUUCUCUAACAAAAAAUAUCUCUGCGUUGUAGACUUACCCGUAACAGCUACAGCAACAGUUAAGAUAUUUUAUCCCACCUAUUUUCGCUUGCUCAGCAACUGUCUGGCAUAGUUCGAGCUCAGGAGAGCCCUAUUUUGGGCUUUCCUAAGUCUACAAAACGUUUUCUUCCCCGACGUCGGUUGUUUGCAUUGCAUGCUAUGCACAUAAUCGGCGUCUCCGUUGUUUUUUAUGAAAUCUUUGGCACAUUUUCACUCAUAAAGGCCGGUUAACUCUUCUAAAUAAUUUUUCCUUGAUUCGUGAAAUCUUUUUAUUGAGUUUAUCGAUAUUUUAGAAGAACAAUCACAUUUAAUAAUCAAGUUUUAAACUUUCGAAUGGAAAUUUUCGAACCAAGGGUUUUUCAAAAAGAUUUUUCGGAUUGAAAACUAUAUCUGAAUCAAUUCCAAAUGGUCCAUUAACUAAAUGUUUUGGUUAUUUUGUUUAAAAGUUAUUUUAAUAAUUCUCGUUCAGGUUCAUGCCACCGGAUGAUCCACUGGGACGUCAUGGACCAAAAUUGGACUUUUUCUUGUCGAAAACGCAAAAUUUUGUUGGCGCGCAACCAUGUCCAUACGCGAGAAAGUGCACAUAUGGAAAUAAGUGCAAGUUCGUUUUGAUUCCCUCAAUUAUUUCUUCGGCAGGCUUCCGAGUAGGCUCAUGAAACCUUUCCAGGUACUACCAUCCGGAGAGGGUCAACGGCGGUCAUAUGAGCGUGACGGAACGACUUCUCAAAGAGAAUAAUCACAAAAAAGCCGCUCAGAGUACGUUUAUGCAAGGAAAACAAUGGAAGGUUUGAGUUUUCAGGAGCAUCCAUGCAAUAUGGCGGGGCGAUGCAGAACCACGCGGCUCUCGCCAGAACGCGCUCUUUGAAUGCCCAACUUGAAGCUCUGUCCAUGCAGGAUACCAAAAACUUUCCCAGUGUAAUUUACUUUUUUCUCGAUUUCUUUUAUUCAACGCUUUUUUAUGAGGGUGAAAACUGCCUCUGGCAAAUUAUACUAUUCCACUCAUAAAAUGAGAUGGGAUCAAAGCAAAAGUCUCUUCAUAAAGCCUUUUAACUGCAAAUUACGCCUUCAGGGGCUGUUUUCUUCUUUUAUUGUUUUUUGAAAACCUCAUUGAAUGACUCAUCAUGGGUCGAACUUGGUAUCAUUGAUUCGAUGAGGUUAAUACCAGAGAAUAGGAUUUUUCGAAAAAGUCCAGAAUUUGCAGAGAAGACAUGUGGAGCUGACGAUGAGUGCUCCGUGGCACGCGGCGGUCGGACGCAACAAUUCGAUGCCCUUGUCGUCGUCCAACUACGCGCCGCCGCAGUCUGCCACUUCUCAGACUCACCUUUUUGCUCCUUCCACCGCUGUCUGGGGUCAUUCUGAACUCAGCGUCGGUCCGCUCAGCACCACGUUCGUUUUUUGUUUCUUUUCAAACAGUUGGUUCUCUCAAGACCGUAUUUAACAGUCAGCGGUUAAAACUAUGCACUUUAUUAGGUCUCUCUUCAAAUUUCUAAAUAAAGUUUGUUCCAGCGAAAUCACUAGAUUUUUAAAAAAAUUUCAACAUAAAAAUAUUUUUAAUCUCUCUGUUCAGAGAACCAAUAUGUUAGAAAAGGAUUUCGAGUGAAUUUCGUAGAACUUGAACAAAAAUAAAUUUAACUUGUUUUUAGAAGAUAAAUACAUACAUUUCACCAUUAAUCUCAUUUUUGUUCGAAUGAACUAUGAUUUUUAUCGUUAACAUAUGUAUCUACAGAAUAUCUUUGAAGGAUCUCGGAAACAAAUAUUUACUUCUCGAAACCCGCCAAAAAGAGAUAAAACCAUCAUACUUUAGUCGAAGGAAAUUCGUUAGAUAUUUUUGGGCAUAAAAGAAUGAUCUAAAAAUUUUCAGAUAGUUUUAAAUUAUGAUUAAUUAUCUUCUUUCUGAGUUAAUUUUUAUCGGGAAAAAAAACGUCGAAUAGAUCUAACACUAGAACUGAAUGAACUAAAAAUUUUGGUUUCCAUAUUAGUCGUUUGAUUUGGAAUUUUCAGCCGUCCUGUCGAUGAAGACGAAAACGCGUCGCGCGCUCGUCUACAGUACCACCUCUGCCACGUUUUCCCAGAGUCAGUAGUUGUGGCGGUGAUGGCGGCUCAUCCCGAGGAAAAAAGCUCGCAGGUCCUCUGCGAACGGAUUCUCGCUCUCCAGAAGGGCUUCCAGAACUGA